AUGGCACCAUCCCGACCGAAAAAGAAGGGCAGCGGUAGUCAUCAUAAAAAGGCAGGAAAAAGUCAACAAGGACGGCCGCCGAAGGAUAAUUGUUGUGAUGAUGAUGGAGUUGGCGCUUUGGAUGCUGAGGAUUAUGCGGAGGAAAAGAGGCAUUUUGAUGAGGUCGUUUGGAGCUUCGAAACAUAUACGGAAGAUUUCCGAGUUGAAUUAGAAACGUUACAGACUAGUCUGCUGUCACUAACUCCCGAGGAGCUGGAACUGUGGGGUGGCAACCCGGAAGAGUACAUGGGAAAGAUUCGUGAACGGAUGGCUGUGAAUCAACGGGUUUGCCAUUUACUGUCGGAAGUGUCCACACAGAUGUUCAGUGAGACCAGCCCAAGGACGGCAGCUAGAGUCAUCAAACCACCUAAAGGGUAUCAAUCGCAGCCGCGUAACAUAUCCAAGGUCCGAUCGACACUCCGACAGUUUGUUCGGGAAUGGUCAGCGGAAGGCGAGGAGGAAAGACGGCAAUGUUUCCAGCCUGUUAUUGAUGCACUCAAGAAAUAUGUUCCCACUGGUGGCAGGGUGAUUGUACCGGGGUGUGGUAUGGGCAGGAGCGUUCUUGAAGUAUGCGCGGCUGGAUACGAGGCACUUGGAAAUGAGUUUUCGUACCAUAUGCUGAUAGCUUCAAAUUUGAUGUUAAACGUGGGUCUUGAUCAGCGCACGUUGAAGGUCUAUCCCUACCUUAUGAGUUUGGGAGGACGGAAAACGAAAGACGCGCAUCUCAGGGGAAUCGAGGUACCCGACGUAUCAGCCUAUGAUAUGGCGUGCAGUAGUGAUACUGGUUCGAUGGGAAUGAGCGCGGGAGAGUUUGUCGAGACUUUCCGUGGUGAGGAGCACCUUAAUGCAUGGGAUGCUGUGGCGUCUAUAUUCUUCAUAGACACUGCUAAGAACGUUGUCCAGUAUAUAAGGGUGCUGGCCCAUUGCAUAAAGCCUGGAGGAGUCUUCAUCAAUAUUGGACCGCUGUUGUGGCACUUCGCUGAGAGCAAGAAUGAUAUCAGCAUCGAGCUGAGUUGGGAGGAUGUACGACCAUUAUUGGAAGUUUAUUUCGACAUCGUAGAAGAGAAGCGCUUGGAUGCCAAUUAUGCGGCGAAUCUGGACAGCCUAGCAGAAGUCACACUGCAGCAGAAUACAGAAUACUCGAGGAAAUAUGCACCGUUGCUGAAGGACAAGGUGCUGAAUAAGGAGAACUUAGAUGGUGACUCGUUGGUUCAAUUGAGGGUCUUGAAAGGAGAUGGAAAGUACGUUCAGAGUAGCAUACCUGUGAAGGUGUUUCGUGAGACUCUAGCGGCUCCUGCAGUAGGAGGGAGUAGCACGGCCUUGGCUUCGAAGGCGGCGAGCCUUACUGAGCAUAUCACCUUGCAUUUGGAUGAUGAAGGGAAUUUAGAAUCCGUUGGAUAUCGGGUUAGAAAAACGCUGGGAGCUCCAUUAUUCCAAGCCACUACAGCCGCGUUGCACUCGAUGAAUGUCGCCAAGGGACCGGCUAUACCAGUACCUAAAAAGAAAAUUCAGAAGCCGCGAUCUGGAGCGAACGCCUCGGGUGACGGUAAGAACCAAUCGACAGUUGUUGGGCAGAAGGCAGAGCUCGACGAAGGCGAAUAUGAAGUGGAAGAGGACCCGCAGGCUGAGCAGGGAUUUUUGAGGAAAUACUGGUGGGUUAUCCUUAUAUUCUUCCUCUUGACCUCUGCGAUGGGACAAGAUGAAAAUCCGAAAGAAGCCGCAGCGGGAGCCGUCAAGGGCGCCAAUAAUGGAAACAUAGCCCUAGUACUAUGCACCAUCCUACUACUUAUUCAGGCGUUGGCCAACUUGAUGCGAGGAACGCUGCACUUUGAGGCAGGGGACGAAGUGGAUUUCAUGCCUCGUGCAGUGCAUGAGCACACAAUACAUAACGUGCAACACAUUGGCUAUCCGAUAGGUUUCCGAGGCAACAAAGGUAAAGUUCCUCUGGUGUAUUAUUUCUCUGGCCUCACAUGCUCAGACCUUAACGUAACUGAGAAAGCCGGUUAUCAACGCGUUGCUUCGGCGCUCGGACUGGCCAUCGCUUGCCCUGACACGUCUCCUAGAGGUGCUGGUAUCCCUGGUGAGGCAGACGAGUGGGACUUUGGUGUCGGCGCGGGUUAUUACGUUGAUGCCACACAGGAACCGUGGAGCAAGAACUAUAACAUGUACACUUACGUUACCAGUGAGUUCCCUGCACUUCUCCAAGAGAGUUUUCAACAGAUCGAUACGACCAACUGCAGUGUGAUGGGCCAUAGUGUUGGUGGUCACGGAUCGCUGACGGUUGCCUUGAAGAACCCUGGGAAAUAUAAAAGCGUCUCUGCCUUCGCGCCCGCCUGCAAUCUGAGCGAAACCCCAUGGGGGUUCAAGGCAUUUGGUCAUUUCUUUGGUGAGGAGGAUAAAGAGAAGUGGAAGGAUCAUGAUGCGUGUUGGUUGGCACAGAGUUAUGCUGGUCCCGAUCUCGACGUGAAAGUUGAUGUGGGUUCGGAAGAUCAUGUCUAUCUCAAGGCCCCUAUUGAUCAGCUUAGAUGCCGCAAAUUCGAACAUGUGGCGAAUGGUAACUCGAAGGUGCGCUUGGACUUCAACGAGAGGCCGGGCUAUGACCAUUCCUACUUCUUCGUCUCUACUUUCAUCGAGGACCAUUUGAGGUUCCAUGCUGAGCACCUCAGUAAAUGA